AUGAUUCAACCUCAAACCCUUUUGAAUGUAGCGGAUAACAGCGGAGCCCGAGAAUUGAUGUGUAUUCGAAUCAUAGGAGCUGGUAAUUAUAGAUAUGCUCAUAUUGGUGACGUUAUUGUUGCUGUAAUUAAAGAAGCAGUGCCAAAUAUGCCACUAGAAAGAUCAGAAGUAAUUAGAGCUGUAAUUGUACGUACUUGUAAAGAACUCAAACGUGACAACGGUAUCAUAAUACGAUAUGAUGACAAUGCUGCGGUUGUCAUUGAUCAAGAAGGAAAUCCAAAAGGAACUCGGGUUUUUGGUGCGAUCGCUCGAGAAUUGAGACAGUUGAAUUUUACUAAAAUAGUUUCAUUGGCUCCCGAGGUAUUAUAA